CUCCUCCCUCUCCCUCCUCCCCCCUCCCUCGUUAAUUAGUAAUACCAGAGAGCAAGAAAUAACCGAGUUAGGCCAGCUGUGUUCUCCUUCUUCCACCAUACCCAGAUUCGCGUCCGGCGCAACCGCUGCUAGCAUACAUCCGCGGCAUUGCCCUCACGUGACGAGGAUGGCGAAAUCGUCGUCGAGGAUGGCGAAUGUCGAAUUCGUACGAUAUACCCAUGCCAGUUCCGAUGACGCCCCCUCCCUUCCUCCGGCGGCAGCUCCUGUCGUAUAUCAGAUCGACCUGCGAUGCGGUUGUGCUACACUUUGCAGUCGCCCGAGAUGACCACCUGAAGCGACCAUGAGCGAGGAAACCAAGAUCCGGUCCGUUGCUGUUGUCGGUGCCGGUGCAGCAGGGGCUAUCACGGCGGCGGCGUUGAAGGCGGAGAAGUACUUUGGGAGGAUUGUAGUGUUCGAGAGGCGCGAGACGCCCGGCGGCACAUGGAUCUUCGACCCGGACCCGACGCCGGGCCUCGAGGUCCGGCCCGGCAAGUUGCCGCCCGACCUCGACCUCCCCCUGCAAAUUCCCACCCAGCUCCCCCAAGUCACGCCGCCUAACCAGCAGGAGCGCUACUCUAGGACGCCGAUCUACAACUCUCUAACGACCAACGUGCCCGACAUCGCCAUGGCCUUUUCCGAUCGGCGCUUCGCCUACGGCCCUUUCGCGCCCCACUACGUGCCCCGGCAGUACAUCGAGAACUACUUCUCCAUCCACGGCACCGAUAAGUUCCUCGUCCUCAACACCACCGUCGAGGACAUCUCCAAGCUUGAGCCCUCCCUGGACCACUCCCUCGAGCGCUGGAAGCUCACUCUCCGGCGGUACGACCCCGCCCGCCACGUCGAUGUCUGGUGGGAGGAGGUCUUCGACGCCGUCAUCUUGGCGACUGGGCAUUACUCCGUCCCUUACGUCCCCCAGGUCGACGGGCUCGAGGAAUACAUCCGCGCGUUCCCGGGCCGUGUAUCGCACUCCAAGGACUACCGCUCGCCGCUAGUGUACGCGGAUAAGACGGUGCUGGUGGUGGGUAACUCGGCGUCGGGCCACGACAUUACGGCGGAGCUGGCGGGGGUGGCGCGCGCGCCGGUGCUGCAGUCGCGGCACUCGCGCUCGCGCUGGGACGGCGACGCGCCGCCGCCGGGCAUCGCGUGGAAGCCCGUCGUGCGCGCCUACGAGGCCGGCGGCCGCGUCGUCUUCGCCGACGGCACCCACGUCGACGCCGUCGACGCCGUCAUCUACUGCACCGGCUACGCCGCCUCCUUCCCCUUCUGGAACGACGCCGCCAACGGCGGCCCCCUCUGGGACCACGCGUCCGGCACUCGCGGCGGCAAGCUCGCCGACGUCUACUGGCACACCUUCUCGCGCCGCUUUCCGCGCACCCUCGGCGUCGCCGGCGUCCCCCGCGUCCUCACCUUCCGCAGCUUCGAGUACCAGGCCAUCGCGCUCGCGCGCCUCUUCGCCGGCCGUGCCGCGCACCCGCUGCCCCCGCCCGACGAGCAGGAGCGCUGGGAGCGUGAGCGCCUUGACCGUGUCCGCCGCGCCGGCACUAAGUUCCACGACAUCGCCUGGGACACAGGCGAGACCGCCGAGUGGCUCGGCGGCCUCUUCCGCAUCGCUGGCCUCGGUACCCUCCGCGGCGAGGGCCGCAUCCCCCCCGCCCUUACCGACGAGCUCGUCUGGGCUAUAGAGCACAUCAAGAAGUACCCCGAGCCCGGUAAGGGGAAGGGUAAGGACAAGGACGACACGGCUAGGGGGAGCAGCAGCAGCAGCAGCAGCAGCAGUAGUCUGGGGGAUAUAUGGUCCGGCGCGUGGGUAUGGGUUGAUAGUCCGCGCAAGGACUUGUUGGGCUUCAUAUAGAAACGGGACUUGGGUAACUGCAUCUAUUAGCAUAAUAGGUACCGUGUCGACUCAUUGUAUAUCACCUACCCGCUUGAAUCUCAAAAAUGGUUACCCUCGAAAUGUAUACCGAGUCACAUAUGCGCUUUUGAUUAUUUUCCGGUCCCAAGUUAUUCGCAGUUCAAGCUCUUCACACCGCACUCGGCUUCGUUAGUAGGAACAUCGUAACCCGUUUUUUAUUUGCUUGCGCGAAACCUCGUUUACCAGAUACCACUUGUUGCUCUCUAUCAUUCUUG